AUGGCUCACUCGUCAGACCCGUCCCGCAGGGAGAAGCCCCCACAGGGGUCGCAGGGGUCGCACACGGCUACACGCCACCUCUUACGGAAGAAGGAGCAGCGCCGGCGGGGAAUCCGAUCCUGCUCGCCGAUGGGCCGGGUCAUCCUCAUCAACUCGCCGGUGGAUGGUGGAGAUGACUGCGAGGACCUCCACACAAUCACGGUGGAUAAGAGCGUGGAUGGAAAGCUCGGCUUCAGCGUGCGCGGCGGCUCCGAGCACGGACUCAGCAUCUUCGUCAGUAAGGUGGAGGAUGACAGCACGGCAGAGGAGGCGGGUCUGCUCGUAGGAGAUAAGCUGGUGGAGGUGAACGGCAUCAGUCUGGAGAGCAUCACCAUGAGCAGCGCUGUGAAGGUGCUGACAGGAAGUAACAGGCUGAGGAUGGUGGUGAGACGAGUGGGAAAAGUCCCCGGCAUCCGCUACUCCAAGGAGAAAACCACCUGGGUUGACCUGAUCCACAGGCGUAUGGUGGUGGAGGAGAGCGGACGGACUCCUUCAGACGCCAGCUCAGGAAACGCUCUGCAGAGGAUCGUCCACCUCUACACCACCUCCGACGACUACUGCCUCGGCUUCAACAUCCGAGGAGGGAAAGAGUUCGGUCUGGGGAUCUACGUCUCCAAACUGGAUCCCGGCGGUCUGGCCGAGCAGAACGGGAUCAAGAUGGGAGAUCAGAUACUGGCGGCCAACGGAGUGAGCUUUGAGGACAUCAGUCACAGCAGUGCUGUGGAGGUGCUGAAGAGCCACACGCACAUCAUGCUGACCAUCAAGGAAGCAGGACGAUACCCUGCCUAUAAGGAGAUGGUGGCAGAGUACCGGUGGCUCAAUAAGUUGGCAAACGGCACUCGGAAAUCUUCCUCCCAGGGCUCAGACUCGAACUCCUCGGCCUCGUCUCUGUCGUCUGGGACUCCGGUCAGCUCUCUGAGCGGCUUAUCUCAGGUCAUGUUUCCCCCCAGCCUGCCGUUUGGCUCGGACAUGGUGGACGUCUGCAUCUCCACUGAGGACCAGAGGUCAGGGUCUGAGUCCGAGCGCACUGAGACGGCCAUGCAGACGGACCUUCCUUCUCAGAGGACGGCUGCAGACACCACUCGCAGUCUGGGACGCACCACUCUGCUCAAAGACACGAUGAUCCGCGGAGAGGAGAGCAGGGGGAGGAGCGAGUCCACGAAGACAGCCGUGCUGCUGGCGCUGAGCAGACCCAGCCGACCAAUCAGCCGCUCACAGAGCCAAGUCACGGUGGCAGAGAUCAAGCAGAAGAAGGAGAAGAAGCAGAAAGGGAAGGAUCCAGAGGUGAAGAGUCCACUGCAGCGCUCAAAGACCUUCGUCAAUUUGUUGUUCAGAGGCGGACGUAAGAGAGACCCUUCGAAGGGCCGAUCCAAGUCCCCGUCCGUAGACAAGACCGGCAAAGAGGGCCGGCAGCUCAGUGCGACGCCUCACUCGGAGCUGCUGGGAGUGGUGGAGGGGAUGUCCUGCAGGCUGCUGGCGGAGGACGAGGUGGCUGCUGUGAUGAGCACAUGUCGAAGGUAUGUGGCAGAGCGCUCGGUGGAGAACCUGGUGCGCCACCUGCUGGCCGUGUUGGACCGGCCCGAAAAGCUGCUGCUGCUAAGGGAGAUCAGGAUGCUUCUGCCUCCGUCUGACCUCGCUGUGUUUAACACCAUGGUAACGCCUGUUGAAGAGGAAGCUUACGACAUCCUCAAGUAUCGCUCGGUCCGAACUCCUCCUCUCGCUCCCCCAUUGUCUGGCCGAGCCCCCAAACGACGCCUCAUCACUCCCAUCCCAGAUUACAGAGGAGGCUUUGAGCUCCACAGUGCAGAGGAGGUGGAGAAGGAGAGCCACCUGCUGGAGGAACUAGAGAAGCUCAGCGUGUCGGCUCCUCGAGGGUCCAGACAGCGACCCCAAACCUGCAGGUCCUUCUCUCCGCUGCUGGACGUACCGGUGGACGGUUACGACUCAGAUCCCAGAGACCUCAAACCCUCCUCCAGCCCGAUUCUCCCUAACUGGCUUCUGACCCGCAGCAGCAACGACAACGACCCUCGCACCCCUCCUCCUCCUCUUCCUUCUCUCCGAACUGACAUCGGCACGAUCCGCUCCGUCCACUUCGACGAGGUUUCGCUGCACUCCGCGUCGGACAAAGGGAACGCCGCCUCCGUCAGAGGGAGGACGGCGCUUAGAAACGGCCACACGAAAGGCAAGAAGGAGAAGAGUGGAGACAGGAGUAAAGAGAGUGUGUUCACGGCUGCACAGAGCGCCCCUCGCAGGAGUCGGCCGCUGUUGUCACAGGUGUUCGGUUCGGGUUCGGGUUCGGGUUCGGGUCAGGUGAGAAGCGGAGAGAUGAACGGACAUGAAGCGUCUGCUGAGAACGGACUGAACGGAGCCGAUCCGGAGCAGGAGUUCAAGCUCAAAGCCGUCAGCAUCUCCAAGACCAAACAGUCUCUGGGUAUCAGUAUUUCUGGUGGGAUGGAGUCAAAGGUUCAACCGGUGGUGAAGAUUGAGAAGAUCUUUCCUGGAGGAGCCGCAUCCACCUGUGAAGUACUCAAGGCUGGAUUCGAGCUGGUGUCCGUCGACGGAGUCUCGCUGCACGGAGUCACGCAUCAGCACGCCGUCGACAUCAUCCGAAAAGCCUUCAGCAACAAGGCCAAAGACCCCAUGGUGUUCGUGGUCCGAGUCCCCAAAGACCUCUUAAAAGGACACUGA